AGGCCCACACAGCCCUGCAGUUCAGCUGAAUAGGCCAAGCCCCUGCCCAGGAUUUCAGGGCUUGGGCCCAUGUUCCCUGCCUCUGCUGCCAGCCUAGCGUUCUCAUGGCCUUCUGAGGCCCUUAUUCCCUCUUCUGGGGCAGCCUGGCCCCAGAAGCCACUGUGGGGUGACAGGCAUGCGGUCUCCUGGUUUUGGGAGGCGAUUUCGAAGCUGCCUUGCCUGGGAAAUGAGAGGGCCAGUGCAGCGCUGGGCCCAGACCUCUCACACAGCGCCACAUGCAACUUGCUUAACCUAGAGGUGGGGGUCACGUCCUGUCGGCCCUGUCACCUGGGGCCCGAACGCCUCUCCUUGGCCUUGCAGAUGAGGGUCCGCAGGAGCCUGUGCCCACGCUGUGGAACGAGCCCGCCGAGCUGCCGUCGGGAGAAGGCCCUGUGGAGAGCACCAGCCCCGGCCGGGAGCCCGUGGACACCGGUCCCCCAGCCCCCACCGCCGCGCCAGGACCCGAGGACAGCACCGCGCAGGAGCGGCUGGACCAGAGCGGCGGGUCGCUGGGGCCCGGCGCCAUCGCGGCCAUCGUGAUCGCCGCCCUGCUGGCCACCUGCGUGGUGCUGGCGCUCGUGGUCGUCGCGCUGAGAAAGUUUUCCGCCUCCUGAAGCCAAUAAAGGGGCCGCGCCCGGCCGCGGCGCGAAUCGGCUGCA